CGGGCCCCGCCGGGCGGGCCGGGAGCGCGGCGCGGCCGCGGCGGGCCCGGGGGACGCGGGGCCAUGGACGCGGCCGAGCCGGGCGAGCGCAGCCCUCUGCUGAGCAGCGGCGAGCGCGGGCGGGCGGCGAGCAGCGCCUUCCAGGGCCGGCGGCUGGCCUGCGCCGCCGUGCUGCUGGCCGAGCUGCUGGAGCGAGUGGCCUUCUACGGCAUCACCUCCAACCUGGUGCUGUUCCUCAACGGGCCGCCCUACGGCUGGGAGGGCGCCCAGGCCAGCCAGGCGCUGCUGCUCUUCAUGGGCAUCACCUACCUGGUGUCGCCGUUCGGGGGCUGGCUGGCCGACGCCCUGCUGGGCAAGUUCGGCACCAUCCUGCUCAGCAUGGCGCUGUACCUGCUGGGCAUGCUGGCCUUCCCCGUCAUCGCCGCGCCGCACACCCGCCAGGGCCUCUGCGGGGACAUCCCCCUGUUCCCCGUGGAGAACUGCUCCUCGCCGGCGGCCAACGCCACCCCGGUGCCCUGCUCCCAGGCGGGAGCCACCCGCUACUGCGCCACCGCCACCUUCGUGGGACUGGUCCUCGUGGGGCUGGGCGUCGGCUCGGUCAAGGCCAACAUCACCCCGUUCGGGGCAGACCAGGUCAAAGACCGGGGUCCAGAAGCCACAAGAAGAUUUUUUAAUUGGUUUUAUUGGAGCAUUAAUUUGGGAGCUAUCCUCUCUCUGGGAGGCAUUGCAUACAUCCAGCAGAACGUGAGCUUUGUGAUCGGAUACAGCAUCCCAACAGUCUGCAUUGGGAUCUCAUUCAUGGUGUUCUUAUGUGGGCAGAGCUUCUUCAUCACCAAACCUCCUGAUGGCAGUGCCUUCACAGACAUGUUCAGAAUUCUCACAUACUCCUGCUGCUCCAAGAAGACCCACGGGGACCACUCAGCAAACAGUGAAGGCCAGGGCGUGCUGCACCCGCCUCGCAAGCAGAGCCUCUUCGAGAUGGCCAAGCUGUCUCGGGGCGGCCCCUUCAGAGAAGAUAAGGUGGAGGAUGUAAAAGCUCUUGUCAAGAUUAUCCCUGUCUUCCUGGCUUUAAUACCUUACUGGACAGUGUAUUUUCAAAUGCAGACAACAUACGUAUUGCAGAGUCUCCAUCUGAAAAUUCCUGAGAUCUCCAACGACACCAACUCCAUCCACACGUUUCCAGCAGCCUGGCUGACCAUGUUUGAUGCAGUGCUUAUCCUGAUCCUAAUACCCUUAAAGGACAAACUGGUGGACCCCAUUUUGAAGAGGAAUGGCUUGCUGCCAUCCUCGCUGAAGAGGAUUGCAGUUGGAAUGUUCUUUGUGAUGUGCUCUGCCUUUGCUGCAGGAAUUCUGGAAAGCAACAGACUGAAAAUUGUAAAGGUUAAAACAAUUAACCAGACAAUUGGGAAUGUUACAUACCAUGCUGCAGAUUUGCCAAUCUGGUGGCAGAUUCCUCAAUAUGUGCUGAUUGGAUUCAGUGAAAUAUUUGCAAGUAUAGCAGGUCUAGAAUUUGCAUAUUCAGCUGCUCCCAAAUCUAUGCAGAGUGCUAUCAUGGGGCUGUUCUUUUUCUUCUCGGGGAUUGGCUCGUUUGUUGGCUCUGGACUGUUGGCACUGGUGUCUAUUAAAGAAAUUGGCUGGAUGAGUAAUCACACAGAUUUUGGUAACAUUAAUGGCUGCCAAUUGAACUAUUACUUCUUUCUGCUGGCUGCUAUCCAAGGAGCCACCCUGCUGCUGUUCCUGAUCGUUUCUGUCAAGUACGAGCACCACAGGUCGAAGGCGGGCGAGGCGGCCAACGGGAGGCUGUGAGCCCUGGCUGGGCAGCCAGGGAAGGGCAGUGCCCGGCCAGCAGCAGCAGGGAAGGGCAGUGCCCGGCCAGCAGCAGCAGGGAAGGGCAGUGCCCGGCCAGCAGCAGCCAGGGAAGGGCAGUGCCCGGCCAGCAGAGCUGCUGCCUGCCCAGGGACCCGCAGCCCUGCCCUGUGCCAUGGAAGUGCCUUUGGCAGGGCUGCUCCUGCACUGUGCCCUGGCACAGGACAGCCAGCCGUGCUGUCAGUGUGCUCUCUGCCCGUGGGGAGAUGUUCCCUGGGGCUGGCACUGCUGCAAGGGGCUGCAGCAGCUCCUGCAGUGGGUGCAGGGACCCACCCUGACCCACACCAAACGGGGACCCACGGGAACACUCAGCCGACCCCGAGGACACAGCACAGAAACCUUUGACAGGAGCCUCGAGCAGUGCAUGGCCGUUCAGUGCUGGGAGUCAUUUUGGGGUGAGAAACAAAUUAAAUUACAAAUUAGCACAGCUUAAAUUUUAAAAUUGACCUGUUACUGACAGCGCAGCAAGGAUUUCAGUCCAGACUUGCAGUCGGGAGCAUCCAGGACUGAAGCCCAAACCCCAGGAGCUGCUCAGACAGCUGCUGCAGAUUGGUGCACAGUUAACACUUGUUGGAUUGAAGCUCUUUGACUGCAGCAAUGCUUUUAUUUUUAUUUUUGAGCCUGCAUUUAAUGUGUUAGGACAACACCCACCUUUGGACAAGGCCUCGUUCAGUCUAACACUGUUACUCCCCCAAGGAUAAUUCCAAAUAUUUGCAGGAAGCAGAGCGAGCUGGAAUUCUGAGCAGAUCAAUGCACAGUAACCAUUUAGCAGCCUUUAGCCAGGUCCUUCAGCCUUGUCUUACUUUUAGCUAACGUGCUCCAGGGUUUGGAUCUUUCAGCAAUACAUUACCCCAGCAGAGCAAAUGGCUUUAUGUUCAGCCUCUUGAAUUUUAAUGAUUCUAACAACUGUACUUCAGAGUGUGUGCAGACUGGUAUGGAAGGUGCAAGGAAUUAUGGAGAAAGAAAAUAAAACUUUUUUAUUAAUGUGUUGAAUUUUUAUAGUUUCCUUUGUCUGCAGUUCUGUUGUUUAAAAUGUCCUUAUUUUGUACAUGGACAUCUUUUUAAUGAGUUUACAAAAUAAAAUGAACCUCUAUGCUGUGACUUUUGACCCUUUGUUUCUAGGUGAAUAAAAUUAUACUACAACUA